UGAAACCAUCAAUUAAGCUUCCUGUUGUCUGUUUUCAAGAUCAGUGGGGGAGGAAACUGAGGCACAGGAACCAGAAAUCAAGAAAUUAAUCCUGUGUUUUCCUGAAUAUUGGCCUGUAUAUGGGCAGUGGCUGCACCCCCAGGGACCGGCGCCAUGUGGAUCCAGGUGCGUACCAUGGACGGGAAGGAGACCCACCGCGUGGAUUCGCUCUCCAAACUCACCAAGGUGGAGGGGCUGCGCCUGCGGAUACACGAGGUGUUCGGUGUCGAGCCCCACCGGCAACGUCUCUUCUACCGCGGCAAGCAGAUGGAAGAUGGUCACUCCCUUUUCGAUUACAGUGUUGGACUGAAUGAUAUUGUUCAACUCUUGGUCAGACAAAGCCCAGCGGUGCUUCCUGCUGUUAGUAAGGAAAAGGAUUCCGAACUCUCCGACACAGACUCUGGCUGUGGCUCAGGCCAAAGCGAAUCUGACAAAAGCUCUCACAAUGGAGAAGGUGCUAUGGAACUGGAGGGACAGCCGAGCACAGCGGCGCAGGCUGACUGGGCUGACCCGGGAUUUGGCCUCUACAAGAUCAAUGACUUGGUCGAUGCUCGAGAUAUGAAUAUGGGAGCAUGGUUUGAAGCCCAGGUUGUAAAUGUAACCAGAAAAAAACCUACAAAUGAAUCCGCUCACAGUUGCACAGAUCCUGGUCAGUCAACAGCCAUUCCUGAAGAGGAUGUAAUAUAUCAUGUGAAAUAUGAAGAUUAUCCAGAAAAUGGAGUUGUAGAAUUGAGUUCAAAUGAUGUACGGGCUCGUGCACGGACUAUUUUGAAGUGGCACCAGCUAGAAGUAGGACAGGUGGUGAUGGUCAACUAUAAUCCUGAUGAACCAAAAGAGAGAGGUUUUUGGUACGAUGCGGAGAUUCUGCAAAAAAGGGAAACGAAAAUGAUCAAGGAGAUAAAUGCAAAGAUCUUACUUGGGGAUGCUGGUGAUUCCUUGAAUGACUGCAGGAUUACAUUAGUGGAUGAAAUUUAUAAAAUUGAAGAACCAGGCAGUCCUUGUCCAAUUAGUGCCAGUCCAUUAAAACGACAAAAUGGACCUGUGUGUAAAGCUUGUAAGGACAACCCGAACAAGACCUGCAGAAUUUGUGCUUGCCAUAUCUGUGGAGGUAAACAAGAUCCAGAUAAACAGCUAAUGUGUGAUGAGUGUGAUAUGGCUUUCCACAUCUACUGCCUCAACCCUCCCCUUAGUAGUAUACCAGAUGAUGAGGAUUGGUAUUGCCCUGAAUGUCGAAAUGAUGCAAGUGAGGUGGUUUUAGCAGGAGAGAAAUUGAAAGAAAGUAAGAAGAAACAAAAGAUGGCAUCUGCUAAUUCAUCCUCGCGGAGAGACUGGGGCAAGGGUAUGGCGUGUGUUGGUCGCACAAGGGAAUGUACCAUUGUCCCCUCAAACCACUAUGGACCAAUUCCUGGGAUCCCAGUUGGCACCAUGUGGAAGUUCAGAGUUCAGGUGAGCGAAUCCGGUGUUCACAGGCCCCACGUAGCAGGCAUACAUGGCAGAAGUAAUGAUGGUGCCUAUUCCUUGGUUCUGGCAGGAGGCUAUGAGGAUGACAUAGAUCAUGGAAAUUCCUUCACAUACACAGGGAGUGGAGGGCGUGAUCUUUCUGGAAACAAACGUACAGCAGAACAGUCUUGUGAUCAAAAACUCACCAAUAUGAACAGAGCUCUGGCUCUGAACUGCAGUGCCCCCAUCAACGACAAAAAUGGAGCUGAAGCCAAGGACUGGAGAGCUGGGAAGCCGGUCCGAGUGGUGAGGAACGUAAAAGGAGGCAAACAUAGCAAAUAUGCUCCUGUAGAGGGGAACAGAUAUGAUGGAAUAUAUAAGGUUGUGAAAUACUGGCCUGAGACCGGGAAAUCUGGAUUUUUAGUGUGGCGUUACUUACUUAGGAGGGAUGAUGAAGAACCUGCUCCUUGGACCAAAGAAGGGAAGGACAGGAUGAAAAAGCUUGGCCUAACAAUGCAGUAUCCUGAAGGGUAUUUGGAAGCUGUUGCAAACAAAGAUAAGGAAAAAGAAAAUAAUAGAGAUGAGUUUGAUACCCCGGGGAAAAGAAAGAGGAAAAGGAAAUCAGCAGGUGGGGAGGAAAAACUUAUUACCUCUCCUACAGAGACUCCAAAGAAGACUAAAGUUGAGCCAUACAAGCUGACAUCUCAGCAAAAAUCUCUUAUAAAAAGUGAUGAAGCCAAUGAAAAACUGUGGAAUGAAGUACUAGAAGCUCUGAAAGAUGGACCGAAAUUUCUAAACAAAGUUGAAGAGGCCUUCUUGUGUAUUUGCUGUCAGGAGGUGGUGUUUCGGCCAGUCACAACUGUAUGCCAACACAAUGUGUGCAAGGAUUGUUUGGAUAGAUCCUUCAAAGCAGAUGUGUACAGUUGUCCAGCCUGCCGCUACGAUCUUGGCAAAAAUUACACCAUGCAAGUGAAUGAAACACUGCAGACCAUUCUAACUCAGCUCUUCCCUGGAUAUGGCAAUGGACGGUGAUUCUGUAAAGCACUUCUAAUUUUCUUUUGUUCAGACUUAUUAAUGGGUUUUCAAUGGGCUUAAUUUAAAAAAAAACAAAGUAGUCUGUGUUUUCCCAGACCCCUAAAAAAGUUUAAAGUCUUCCCUGUUUUUAAAAAAACUAUAAACUUCAAGGAAUAUCCUUUUAUAUGUUCGUGGGUUUUGUUUUUGUUCUAAAUGUUGAAUUUGAAUUUCCCCCCCCCCUCCCUCUGCCAUUCAUCAGCACAGAAUUAUUUUUUUUAAUGGACUUACAAAGUGCUUCCGGUAAGGCUGCUAAUGAUUAUGAAAGUUCUCAGAGUUCCUCCUGUGCCCCUUCUUUUUUAUUUUAUUUUAUUUUUUUAUUCCAAAAAAUGGCUUGGUUGCUAGAACAAUCUUCAAUAUUUGGGGAUCUGGCCAUAAACGUAGAUUUGUGCAUCACCUUGGCAGCAUUUGGAUGCUUGAUUUGUAUGAGAUGGUUCCUGGCUUAUGAUCUUUUUACCACAAGUGGGUAUUUUCUAUUUUUUUAAAAUAACUGUUUUUUCUACAUUUGACAAACCUAUCAAAAGCUAUUUCCUGCUAAUUUUGUAUAUCGAAAAAAAAAUACAGCUGCUUGCAUAUAGCCGAGUAGUCAGAGCAAUAUGAAGUACUACCUCAGUUGGACUCCUUUCUUAUUAGGGAACUAUUUGUUCAGCCAGGUGCUGCCUUCUAUCCAGAAAUGCCAUUGUGGAAUAUAGUAAAGCCAUUCUUAAGUGCCUUUUGUCCUUUUCUGAAAGACUGGGCUCUGAAUCACCAUAUAUAUAUUUUUCAUAAGCACUGAAUCAUUUAAACUUGCCAACCGGAUUUUAUUCUUUGGGUAAAAUGUAACACUGUAGCUGUAUAUGAUUAGCACAGACUUGCAAACUUUCAGGUUUCCUCCUAAUGCUAGGUAUAUUAUGGUAACAUGAAUCUUUGUUUGCUGCAUUUCUACCUGGAAAUGGAGAAUAACCAAUUCUGACUUUUUUAUGAAACAUUUUGUUUAUUGUACAUGACACCGAGAAGGCUUACUUUUGUGAAUGGGUUCUUUUUCUAACAUUACCAAAGUUUGCAGUUUAAUACCUCAACAAGACAGGGAUGUUUUUAAUCACAUUUUACUGCAGACAGACUGGAACAAAUGUGCCUAUUUUUGGUUUUUGUAACUCUUACCCUUUUAAAAAUUAUAAUGUUAAUACAUUAGGGGAAAGAAUAAAAAAACAAAAAAAAAAACAAAAAAAAAGUUUUAUAGGUGUGUUGCUGGAUUUGUCAUUUUUUUUUGUACAAUGUGCAAGUUGAAGUUCUCGAAAUAAAUAUCUUUUCAGAUGAAA